AGAGAAAGACGAGAUGACUGAUAACUGCCUAUGCAUUUACAACUUAACAAAAAAUGUUAGCGCAGAUCACCUGAAGGAAAUUUUUAUAAAUUUUGGGAACUUAAAGGAUAUCCACAUUUCGCUGGAUGAGGAAAACGUAAGUGGGACGAACGGCGGAGGGAGCUUCAUAUGCGCGAAAAUAAAAUUUGAAAACGAAAUGGAUGCGAGGGUCGCAAAGGAAUAUAUGAAUGGUGGACAGAUUGAUGGGAAAACUGUUUCGAUAAAAUAUGAAUAUGAGGGUAAGGGCAAGGGGAAGCAUAAACAUACAAACAGAAACACAAACAGAAACACAAACAGAAACAGAAACACGAGUAUAAACACAAAUACGGAUAUGGACACAAAUACAAAGCACAGUGUUAAGAGGGAGCAUAAGGAGAGGGCUGCUGGGGGGGACAAAAGGAAACGCGUCAGAGAUGACCGGAGGUCCAGCUCCUCCCCCUCGCGCGUAUCGGAGUAUUCCAGCAGGAGGUCCUCCAGCUCACACGCGCGGCGGAAGAAAAAGAGUACCCGGAGGAGGUG